UUUUUUUGCCGAGAACCAAAACAAACAUGGCGGCUUGGAUUUGAUAUUAAUCGAUGCGAAAAUGGAGAUAAAGGAAAUUACACGAAUGGCGAUACAAAUAGAGAAAUUUCACAAAGAUGGAAAUUAUGAAGACAUUUUAUGUUUAUUAACAGACAUUUACAGCACACAUGUGACAUUAGCGCAGCUACAGACCACUGAUAUUGGCAAAAGCAUUUAUCAACUUAUAAAGUCAUGUCCUGUAGCCAGUGUUCGGAAAAGAGGAAAGGGUGUGCUCUCAAAAUGGAAGUGUUUGUAUGGUUCACCACAUGAACACAAACAUAUCAAAGAUACAAGUAAUACAAAAGAAUGUGAAUCAACUGAAGAUAAAGCAGGUGCAUCCAAAAGGGACCUAGAUCAAAAAGUGAAUGACCAAGAGUCGGGUGAAUCAUCUUCUGUGAGAGAUGCUUCUUUAAAUAAUACGACUGUUCACCCUCCAGAAGAUGAUUUGAGAACACCCUUAACAGUUCCGUCUCUGAACAACAGCUCCACAAACUCCUCAGUCUUGAGAAACAAGUGUGUAGAGCUCCUUAUCCAGGCUCUAAACCCAGAUCAGACUUACCCUGAUCUGACGAGUCAGCUAGCUCACACUAUUGAAACACACAUAGACACCAUCCAUGGCCACAAUCUACCCAAAUACAAAUCCUGCAUAAGAAGCAAGGUGGCCAACCUGAAGAACCCAAAGAACCCACAUCUGCGCCAGGGUCUUCUGAGUGGCACAUUGGCUCCAGAGGUAUUUGCAAAGAUGUCUGCCCAGGAGAUGGCUGGUGAUGAGUUGCGCCAGCUCAGACAGGGCUACACGGCAGCGGGCAUCAGCGAGCGCCAGCUGCCACAAGGAUUGGAGGGGACUGCCACUUCAAAGGUGCGAUGCCAGCACUGUGAUGGGAUGGACUGCAGGGUGACGCAGAUCUCCCGUGGCACACUUUUCCUCCCCUCCUGGGUGAAGAGAGGUAGUGACGAUGAACAAGCAAUGACCUUUAUGACUUGUGCUAACUGUGGGGCACAGUGGUACCAUAACCGGUGGGUGUGCUUUUGACUUGACCCUGAAGACAUUGAA